UGUAGCUCUACCUUUUGUGGUCAUUGAGCAAACAUGAAUUCUUCCAAGAUAACUAGUGUUCUUUUCAUAUUGCUUAAUGUAAUUGCUUUCACUUGUGUCUCAUCAAACAAGGUGCCAUGCCCUCCUAAGACAAUGACUCCAUCUGGAUCAGCCAAGUGCCCAAAAGAUACCCUAAAGUUCGGUGUGUGUGGUGACUGGCUUGGGCUUGUUCAUGAGGUCAUUGGGGCUCAACCGGAUAGCGAAUGUUGCACAUUGAUCAAGGGUCUAGCAGACCUUGAAGCAGCAUUGUGUUUGUGCACAGCAAUUAAGGCUAAUGUGUUUGGUCUCCUUAAGGUCAAAGUGCCUAUCGCUCUUAGUUUGGUGCUCAAUUCUUGUGGAAAAAAGGUUCCAAAAGGCUUCAAAUGUACAUGAUAUCGUACUUCUAUGGUUGGUUGGUAUCUGUUUAAAUAAGGAUAGGCAUUUUGUCAAGAGCUAAAACACCAAAUCCAGAUGAAUGUACAUGGAGAAAACAAAUGUACCGUUAAUCUGGAUUUACUCGAUUGAGGUUUAAAUUGUUAAGUCAUGUUUCUGUAUCUGUAAACCAAUCAAGUUAUGAAACAUUUCCAUGUGUUAGUCGACCAA